GCCGCGUCUAUCACCCUUCUCAAUAGACCGUGACCAAUGCCGCAACUUUCCCACUGUGCAGACCAGCGAUCCGCUGAGGCGACGAGAGCGUCCGGGAGAUGCAGAGUGAUUAUAUCUCUGUGCGCCCUUUUUCCUCCUCGCGACGAUGCCCACUGCGUAUCGACCGAGGCGACGCGCAGACUCAGACCCCAGCAUCGUGAUUCCGCGGAGCCUCUGGCCGUUCAGCGCAGUCAAAACACCCGAGACCUCGCCGCAACUUGCGCAUGACCCCACAGCACCUGUAUCGCCCGAGGAGCCCGCAGAGCUUAAGCAGGAACUCCGCGAAUGGGACGCCAAGGAGACGAAGCGCAAGGCGUCCUCAUUGAACUAUGUGCACGGUUCGAAGCUCCACCAGCAGGACGCUCCAUGGCCCUUCGCGUUCAAUCGCGAGUUUCUCGAACUGUUGCGUUGUGCUUCUUUCUGUGAUAGAGCUUUCAAGAAUGGUAUUGACCAUGCCCUCGUUGAAGGCGUCAAGGGCAACCAGAUGUUUUUCGACUUUGGCUUCCAUAACGGACAGACUCCGACGCGAUGUUUGGAUCUAGGUACUACGUACGGCGAUUGGGUUAUUGACACUGCGAAGCAUCUACCACAAUGUACCUUUGUUGGCUUCGAUAUGGUCGACAUACAGAUACCCCUCAAGUACAUUGAACCGUCAAUAGCAAGCCGGGUUGAGUGGGUUCACGGCAACUUUUGCGAAUCUCCCCUACCUUUUAAAGACGAGGAGUUUGAUUAUAUACACGUGGAAAGUAUAGCUCAUGGAGUGCGGGAGCGAGACUGGGACAGUUUAUUCCAGGAACUUCACCGGAUUAUGAAGCCAGGGGGACGUAUCGAGCUCAUCCAGGCGGACGCUCGCUUUCCCGUUCUUCCGUCGUGGUUCACGACUCCAAUACACACGCAUUGCCUAAGAUAUGCAGGCGAACACGAAGACACAUCGGCGCUAGAGUUUCUACUCUCUGACCAGAACAAUGUGCGUUCACAUGCCUAUAUGCUCCUGGAGGAGUUAUUCUUCAUGGUCUUGGAGCGGAGGUGGAUUAACCCCAACCCUACCUCCAUUCUUCCUCUGUACUUUAACGCCACGUUCCGCCAUGUCAUCUCCCCGCCAAUCCUUCACUUCCCCAUGCCACCCCUCGCACCAUUACCACCAUUUCCACAGUGGGCUCUCAACCCAAUUGCUACGGGCAAGACCACAUCAGACCCUCUAGACGCCACACUGUAUUUUGUGCCAGUCUCUGAGCCGUUAGAGACGUCUGACAGCGAAUCCGUCCAAACAACGGUUACAGGCGGGUCCGAAAAGAACGAUUCUGCCCCGAUCAUGCCGCCCUUCUCAUCUGAUGUGGAUGUGCCUAGGAGUCCAGCGAAUUCGGCCAGCUUUCCUCAGCCGCCGCCGACUCCAGUCUCGCCACUUUUGAUUCAGAGGGCGUCGGCUAUUUUGGCAGAAGACGAUAUUGUCCGAUCACGCAGCGGUUCGAAUAGCUCGGUCCGAUCCACAGUGUCCGCAAUGUCCUCCACGUCGGGUGUCUCAAGCGCCUCGCCUACGACACGCACACCAUCGCACGGCGCACGGGUACGCUCCUCCGCGAUCCUGCAGACCGGGUCGACGACGCGGCUCGGCGGGGAUGACACGGCGGCGCUCUUCCGGAUGGACGUGAUCAGUUGUAUGGGGCCGGAGGUACUGUUCAUGCAUCUACGGCACGCGAGCCAGCUGGUGCUCGCGAUGCGCGAGGCGAUGUGGGAUGUCCUCCGCGAGUGCAUUGUCGCGAAGCGCCACGAGCUUGUGCACUUUGGAUUCGUGGAGAGCGAGCGCGAGCUCCAGGACGUGGAAGACCGGGUUCCUGAGUUCCGCAGGCUGUUCGACGGGCUCAUGAACCGGUACAAACAGGACAUGCACAUACGCCUGUCGGCAUGGCACUCGCUCAGCAAGAUGGGAUUUGCAUACCCGCGGCGGCAGAAGAUGAGCCAGGAGCAGCUUGCACGCGAAGAGGACCUGCGGAGCGCGCUGCUUGAGGCACGU